AUGGAGAGAAUACCUGGUCCAAAAGACUCCACACUGAAAAUCAGUGCCCUUAGCAGAACCCUGCACCUUGGCGCACUCUACGAUGCCCGCAGGGACCGCCUCAUACCAGGAAUCAGCCUCUGGAGCGCCGAUGACAUGAAGAGCAAAACACAAGUCAGUCCACAGCCUCGCACAGAAUUCCAGGUGGAGACCUCAGAGUCCCUCAGUGAGAAGACCAAUCUGCUGGGCAUGAGUGCCUCUGUGAAGCUCAGCUUCCUCUCCGGAUUGAUAACGGCCGGAGGAUCUGCCAAGUAUCUUGACAAGAAAACCUCCUCCGCUCUUCAGUGCAGAGUCACUCUGAAAUAUCAAAUAACCACCGACUUUAAAGAGCUCAUGAUUUGUGAACUUGGAGCUCCAAGUCCUGAAAGCUUUGACAAGACAGACGCUACACAUGUUGUGAUUGGAGUUCUCUACGGGGCCGAUGCAUUCAUGGAAUUCCAAGAAACAGCUAGUGAUGCUUCAAGCAAGCGGGACAUUGUGGGAAACCUCACCGGGAUGAUCAAAAAGAUCCCAUCCAUUCAGAUCAGUGGAGAUGGAAGCCUGGCCAUGGACGAUGAAGACAAAGACAAGGUGAAGAACUUCAAUGGCCGGUUCUAUGGUGACUUCCGGCUGGAAAAUGUUCCCUCUACCUUUGAGGAGGCUGUGAAGGUGUGCAAAAAUCUGCCCAGUCUGCUGGGGGAGAACGGGGAGAAGGCCGUGCCUGUGCAGGUCUGGCUGUAUCCACUGAGCAAGCUUAACAAUACUGAGUCCAAGCUAAGGACAAUGAUCUCAGACUUACUGGUGUCAGCAGUAGAGAAGGUGAUGGAUGAUUUCCACCAGGCUGAGAUAAGAACCAACGACCUGUUAAAGAGGAGCAGAGAGAUCAAGACUGAAGAGAUCAUCACCAAACUACAGAAGUUCCAAAGCAGACUGAGAGAUUUCAAAGCUCAGUUCCUGCAGAACAUGGCAGAACUGAUCCCUGCCAUCAGAGGAGGUCAGAGGGAGCAAAUGGCUCUGAGAGAUCUGCUCAAGUCCCAGGAUGCAUCUGGCUUCAAUGGGAAAGACAUGAAGAAAUGGCUGGAUGAGAAGGAGACAGAGAUCAACUUUGUCUCGAUGAACAUCAACAAACUGAAGUCUGAGAUUAAGCCUUGUGGCCCUGAGCUGGACUGUUUCCUGAUGUGUCCCGACGUGCCUGAUGCCCUGGUGUUCAACUUCACUUCGCUGAUGGACGAAGAACCGUACCUGAACAAAAUCUCACAGGCAGCCGAGAACUUCAAGAGUGGUUCCACAGUCAGCACACUUGAUCAUGGCCCAACAGAGGAAGUUCCCUGGUACAGGAGACCAGAUGUCCGGGAGGCCUUGAAUUCGAUGCACGGUGUGUACAAGGACUCCACCAUCCCCAAAGUAAUCAGUUUCAAUCCCGACUCAGAGCACCCAGGAGCUUCCAUUCACUGGUAUCAACAUGGUACUCUGAAGGACCCCCACGUUACAUGCAGCACAAUUGCACAGUUGUCUACAACACCUCAACAGAGCAUUCCAGAUGCCUUUAGGCUCACACUGGACCCAAACACGGCCCACCGAUGUCUCCUUCUGUCUGAGGGGAACAGGAAGGUGGCGCGGGUGAUUGAGGAGCAGCCCUAUCCUGACCACCCAGACAGAUUCGACGGGCACCAGGUGCUGAGCAGAGAGCCUCUGACUGGACACUGCUCCUGGGAGUGUGAGUGGAGUGGGAAAAUGGCAGACAUCGGAGUGGCCUAUAAAAGCAUCAGGAGGAAAGGUUUACAGAAAGCUGAGCUCCAGAGCCAGUGGAUCGGAGCCACUGAUAGGGCUUGGUGUCUGAAGUGUACGAGUGAGAGAUACUCUGUCUGGCACCAGGGUACUAGAACAGACAUAGCUGCCCCUCCACGGGGCAGCAGGAGGGUGAAAGUGUACGUGGAGCGUGAGGUCGGCACUCUGUCCUUCUACAGCGUAUCCGCUGAUACUCGCACACACCUCUACACGUUCCACACCACGUUUACUGACGAGCCCCUACAUGCAGCCUUUUGGGUUGAGACUGAUGCCACAGUGGCCCUGGUCUAG